CCCUACUCCUCCUCCUCCUCCUCCUCCUCCGUGUUGUUGUGACCACACGAUCUGUCAGGGGCGAUCGCUAUUCGCGUAUUUAAGGGAAAGAGGGGGAACACGAGCCGCCCCCACCCCCCCGCGUUCGUACAGAGAUCACCGAGAUUCUGUCGGUGAAGUUUUUUUUUAUGUGUUUUACCUCGCACCCCCCCUCCUGUUUUGAUUAAUGGUGUAGCCCGAUUUGUUUUGUUUAAGAAAUGAGGAGGGGAUAUGGUUCGUGGAAUUCAACGUGGAGCCUUACCCAGAUGACAACCUUAGUUGCCAAGAUGGCAGGAAAUCCAAAACAAAAGCCUUGCCCUCUUAACUAGGCCUGUCUCUGAUUCUUGAUAUCUCUCUCUCUCUCUCUCUCUCUCUCUCUCUCUCUGCCGUUUCUUUUCCAUGAAAAUUCACCUUUUCUCUCUUCUUCAUCACCUUCAGCAAGAUAUAUAUAUCAAGACCCUUGUUCUGCUUCUUCUUCUUCUUCUUCUUCUUCUUCUUGUUUAGAAGCUGUUUUCAAAUGGAAGCGGAAGGAGGUGGGGAGAGGAAGAGGGGCGUGGCGAUGGAGAGGGAGAGGACCUACAAGGGCAUAAGGAUGAGGAAGUGGGGCAAGUGGGUGGCCGAGAUAAGAGAGCCCAACAAGAGGUCGAGGAUCUGGCUCGGCUCGUACUCCACCCCGGUCGCGGCGGCGAGGGCCUACGACACGGCGGUGUUCUACCUCCGGGGCCCGUCGGCGAGGUUGAAUUUCCCGGAGUUCGUGGCGGGGGCGGCGGCGGCGGCGGAGGAGGAGGAGGAGGCGGGAGGAGGGGGUGACAUGUCGGCGGCUACCAUCAGGAAGAAGGCAGCAGAGGUCGGGGCUCGGGUGGAUGCCGCGCUGAUAAGCCGCGAGUUGAAGCUAGAGGGUAACGAUAAGGGGGGCGAUGAUCAGUUCAAGAAGUGUGUUGGGGUUUUGGAGAGGGUUGAUCUGAACAAGAUGCCUGAUGAUCCUGAGGACUCAAUAUGAUCACCAAAAGGGUGUGUUGGGGUUAGAGAGCAAGAGGAUGAUCUCUCUCUCUCUCUCUCUCUCUCUCUCUCUCUCUCUCUCUCUCGAAUUAUGAUAGCGGGUGCAUGCACUCGGUUCAGGUCAGCCUUCUGCAUGCGGUUGCAACGGGCUUUAGAUGCUACUUGCCAGUAAUUCACUGGGUUGUGUGAAUGGCUUAAGGAAAUGAUGAGGCUUAUACCAGAUGAGUUAGAUAGUCCAUAGUACCUCUAAUUAAUCUUAUUAGCCCUUUUGAGUUAGCUUUUUGGGAUCUGAUCAUCAAAGAUUUCCGAUGGUGUAAGAGGAAAAAGAAGGUGAAAUGUAAAUUAAUCAGUUGGGUUUGAUGCA